AUUGCCCGGUUAGUCUUUGCUUUCAUUGUCCGCACAAGGGUGGUAGUGAAACGUACCCAGGCUGGGGGUAGAUCUGCUCAAACUCGAUCUGGUGCUGCGCGACAAUCUCACCCUUCUGGUUGAAGAUGAUGAAGCGCGUGCUGGUGGUGCCCUGGUCAAUGGCACCGAUGAAGGAAAUGGUGGGGGCUGUGGCGGGAGACAUGAUGGCGUCUGCUGUGUCUUUGAGUCUGGUAGGGAGGAUUGACUUGAGCAUAAGAGCACGAGAUGGGGGAUGGAAAGCAAGAAGACGACGGGGGAGAAAACGUCUGGGAAAUACGCGACUUGAAUAAGAACGACGGCGAGGAGGGGCAGUGUGGGAGAGAGGAAGAGCUACGAUCACAUGGCGAGAGGUGACGGGCAGGGAAAUAUUUGUACGUCUUUCCCCCCCUCCUUGGCCUUGCGGGCUACAGCUACGUUGGCGUCCGGCCAGCUGAAGAAACUCCACGGGGCAGAAGCGCGCGAGCGGGCUACGAGCCCUCGCGUGCGCAUCGCCAAGGUGUGGUACUACGUACGAUGGAUGGAUGAAUGUGUGUUCUUGCACGCGCGCCAACUCCCUCACCCAGCGGAAAAGCUGGGCUCCCCACGCUCGCUCGUCACGGUUGACGGAGGCGCAUGGAUGGUACCCCUCUUCCCAUCCAUGUCUGUCUCCAAAUCGACAGGCCCCCGGAUUGUGGAGAGUGAGGGGGUUGGCGGAGAGAUGUCAGGGGGGGGUCCGGGUACAGCAUCACAGCAGGUGGCUUCCGUCAAAAUGGCGCGUGUCAAAUGGGGAGGCCCAGGGACAGGGCUCGAACGGAGUAACCCCAGACUUGCUCCUCAAACGGCAAGGUGCGCGUGGUUCAUGAUGGGGAAUUGCGGUGCUCGGCCUUGUCCAAGGCCACGAGGGCCAUGCUGUUUGUCACGGACAGGAUGCCGUACCUGCGUUUCUCGAGGUCAGCCGAGGCCAUUCCCCCACAGGCCCCGAGAAGUCCGUGAUGCUGGGGAGCAAAAGGUGCGGCUUGGAAGUUGGAGGCUCGGGUCCUCGGUGUCGACACACCGAAAGCAGGGUUCGAAGGUUUCAAAGCCCACGCGAAGGAACUGGCGAACACACUACUGCACCACGGGCCGAAUGUCAGCGAGGACGAAUGCACAAGCGGCAUUCCCAGAGUGUCCACUUUGCCAUGGAAGGCUUGAAGGCUGCAGCGCUGGCGCUGAAUCGGACGCGGGACAGAGGGCUGGAGGGACUAAUAGUCUUUGCGAUUCGUGAAGAAAUCUGGCCAUGUGAUGCUCAAUGGCGGGAUGGCUAUGAAUUCGGCCAGUCGCGGGGUUCCAGUGCCGUCCCUCCUCUCCUGGAGGCUGGUGGCAG